GUUGACGCGCGUGGAAGGUAAAUGCGCCUUUUUUGCGUAGCCGUUGCGUUUGAACCGCGGGUCGAUUGAUAUACUAACAUUUAGUGCAGCAGGAUAAAGCUUCCGUGGUGUGCUUGUGUGCGUGUGUGCGGUGAAUCAGAUAGUGAUCGCGUGAACCUCACUACCGUGGUGUUAGUGAGAUGGUGCGUCGUGGUGAAAUACGAGCUCGCCUAGUGGAACACGGCCGAUGACGUAAGCGGCGGUACAGGUAGUGUACUGACGAGUGUUUUGGGGAAUAGGUGGCGCUACCAGCGCGUGUAUCAGUGUUUGAUAAGUGCCAAUCAAUAGUGUUACGAAAUGUUACAAAAGUACCCAAAAAUGAUUUUAUAGUGAUACAAGUAUUGUCGUAGAGGAAUAUUUAUAAAAGCUUGUAGUGCGUGGUUUACACUGAAACAAAACAAAAAAGGACAAUAGUUUGAAGUUACGCGACAUCCUGGAGAGAACAACUGGACCAAAGAUUUGUGAUAUACGGCCAGCCAGCUAGAACGGCUACCUUGCAUCCAAUGCCUAGGCAAAGUAUGGCCCUUCGAUCUGGCGACCUUUGGUGUCAUCAUUUGGAACGCUCGCUACCGUGCUAUCCGUUUGCAAACGUCACCUAAACGCUUGGAGGGGAAAAACAGGGUGCGCACUCUUUCGCACCCCCAGAGCUAGAGAAGAAGAGAGUCGUGCAGCAUUCGUUGGAAGUAGCAGUAGAGCACGAACUCCCCGGUCACUACUCGGCUAAGGAAAAUUCGUAUUGUUUUGUCUGUGUGUUUUCUUUUAGGAGCGUUACGCCGUCUCGGUGCGCGAUCGCUUAGUGUAAGAAAGAGAGAAUAAAGCCUUCUGUGAGAAACGAUUUUCCUGUGUGUGCGUGCAGCCCGGGGAAUACCGGGUAACGGCCACAAGAUUGAGGAACUAAAGCACAACCCCGCCCGGGGGUCCUCCCUGUUCGACGAGGUGGACGGAUACGGCGGGUCGAUCGAUCUCGAUCAUCACCAUCACCAUCACCACCAUCAUCACCAUCACCAUGCGGAUUCGUACUCGGCCAUGGAUGAAGAUCCGGACGACAAGGAUGACACGAAACGCAAGUCCCGCAAUCUGAGCGAGAAGAAGCGCCGCGAUCAGUUUAACCUGCUGGUGAACGAGCUCAGCUCGAUGGUGUCCUCCAACAGCCGGAAGAUGGACAAGUCGACCGUGCUCAAGUCGACGAUCGCGUUCCUGAAGAGCCACAACGAGAUAGCGGUGCGGUCGCGCGUGCACGAGAUCCAGACCGACUGGAAGCCCUCCUUUCUCUCGAACGAAGAGUUUACCCACCUGAUACUGGAAGCGCUGGACGGGUUCAUCAUCGUGUUCUCCUCCACCGGGAGAGUAUUUUACGCCUCUGAAAGUAUUACCUCGCUGCUAGGGCAUUUACCGAGUGACCUUCUGAACAUGACCGUGUACGAUAUGGUGUACGAGGACGACCAGAACGAUCUGUACAACAUACUGCUGAACCCGACGACGGUGGUCGAUCCGCUGCAGACGGGCAUCAGCCGGGAGAACCAGGUCACCUUCUCCUGCUACAUCAAGCGCGGCACGGUCGACUAUCGGGCGGACGUGUCGUACGAGCAUGUCCAGUUUACCGGCUACUUUCGCAGUGACGUCGACACGGAGUCGCUCAUGACGACGUCCCGGUUCAGCGGGUACACGAGCGAUGCCGACUCGCGGCUCGUGUUUGUCGGGACGGGCCGGCUCCAAACGCCCCAGCUCAUACGCGAAAUGUCGAUCGUGGACAACACCAAGAGCGAGUUCACGUCCCGCCACAGCCUCGAGUGGAAGUUCCUGUUUCUCGACCACCGCGCGCCACCCAUCAUCGGUUACCUCCCGUUUGAAGUGCUGGGAACUUCCGGGUAUGACUAUUAUCAUUUUGACGAUCUGGAAAAGGUGGUGGCUUGUCAUGAAGCAUUGAUGCAGAAGGGCGAAGGGACCUCGUGCUACUACCGGUUUCUCACCAAGGGCCAGCAGUGGAUCUGGCUGCAGACGCGGUUCUACAUCACCUACCACCAGUGGAACUCGAAGCCGGAGUUUGUCGUCUGCACGCACCGGGUCGUGAGCUACGCGGACGUGAUGAAGCAGAUGCGCAACCAGACGGCGGGCGACAGCAAGUUCUCGGAGGACGCGGACAGCAUCAGCGUGCACGGGGUCGAGCGAAAGUUUCAACAGUCGUCGUCGCAGAGCCUGCUGGCGACCUCGCCCUGGAGCUCGAAGAGUUCGCGCACGUCCCGGAUCGCCCCGACGCCGGGCGUCUCACCGACGGGGCUGUCCAAUCGGGGCCGCCAUCGGUACAACACGUACCAUGGGCCUGGGUCGGAUUCGGCGACGUCCAUUUCCACGGAAUCUCACACCAGCCGGCAGUCGCUCGUGACGCAACAUUCGCGCUCCCGCAUGCGUACCAGCACGUUCCCGUCGAAGGUUUCCUCCCACGGCAGCCAGUCGGACAGGAACUCCAUGUCCCACUUUCUGCUGCAGCAGCCGCAACAACCGCACGGCGGCCAUCAGCUACCGUCCGGCCAGCUGCAGCAUCAGCAGCAGCAUCUACCGCAACAGCAGCAGCAUCAGCAGCAGCAGCAACAGCAGCCCCAACAUCCGCUUCAACAUCAACAGCCUCAUCCGCUGCUGCAGCCCCAUCAACAGCUGCAGGGCCACCAAGCGCAGCAACCACAUCAGCAGUUGCCGCCGCAACAGCAGCCACACCCGGCGAUGAUACAAAACCCACCGGACGUAUACCCGCAUCAGCUACAAGCUCAGCAUCCUCUCCAGCAACAACAACAGCAGCAGCAGCAGCCACAACAACCCUCACAGCAACAACAGUCCCACCAGCAGCUAGCUGGACUGCAGCAGCCCGGAACAGUACAGCAGCAGCAACAAUCACACCAACAACCACAACACCAACAACCACAACAGCAGCAGCCACCACUCCCGCAACCAUCAACCACGGCCGCGUUACGGCCGCCGCCCGCCACCAUCAUUACCCCACCGGUCACGCAGAUCCUCACGGCGACCGGGUUCAUCGAGCCGCAGCAGUAUUUGACCGCCAUCCCGGUGCAGUCGGUCGCCGGCUUUACCGAGACGGCCCCGGGCGUACUGUCGCCGAUCCAGUCCACCUCACCGCACGGGGCGUACGCGGUGGCGCACCAUCCGGCCGUUACCGGGACGGGCGGGGUCGUCCUAACGCCCAGCCAGAACCAGGUGCAGGAUCAGCUGCAGCGCAAGCACGAGGAGCUGCAGCAUCUGAUACUGCAGCAGCAGGAAGAGCUGCGGCGGGUGCAGGAGCAGCUACUAAUGGCUCGGUACGGUCUGCUGCCGUCGAUCGUUUCGCUCCCCUUUCCACCGGGGACGGGAAACGGGCCCGGACCGGGCCCGAGCGUUGGGCCGCCUGGGGAACGGUGCGCUAGCGGUGGUUCGUUUCUGCAGGCCCAUCAUCAGGGAAACUCGUACCAUCAUCACCAUUACCAUCCUUCCGCGGCACAGGCACAGCAGCAGCAACAGCAGCAGCAGCAGCAACAGCAACAUCCUCCUAGCCAUGGAGGAGUGCACCAUGCACAGCAGCCACAGCAUCCGCUGCAAGAUCAGCAGCAGCUUUGCAUCGGCCCGCCGGACCAGAAACCGAUCCUGCAUCCCGACUCGGAGCAGCUCAACUUUACCGACACCGGGCAGGGGAAGCUGGGCGAACCGAACGAGAUGAUAUCGUACAUGCAGCUGACGCCGGUCCCGCUGCACCAUCUCCAGCACCAAUCGAGCCAAUCGUCCACCUCGUCCACACCCGCCACGUCCAUGAUGAGCCAGCAGCAGAAGCAACAUCAGCAGCAGCAACACCAGCAGCAGCAGCAGCAGCACAUGCAGAUGGGUGCCCCGCCCGACGGUGGCACCGGAGCAGGUGGGAACAGCAACAACAACAACAACAGCAAUGGAAACACCAUGGGACUGUUGCAGUACCAGAUGGCGGCGGAACAGGCGCAAAUCCUGUUCACCUCCGGCAUGGAGCAACAGCAGGGCCAGCAGCAACAACAACCCGCCGUUCAACAGCAACAGCAGCAACAGCAGCAACAACAUCAAGGUGCAGGUAGUUCCGAUGCCGGUUCCAGGACCUGUCCCUCGCAAACUAGUGAAAUGUAGAUUGUAGUACGGCAGCAGGGACACAGAAGUGAUUUCAACCGAAAAAAAUUCCAUCGAGCUUAACACAACGAAUUGUUCGAUCGUGCGGUGAGGUUUUGUAGACCAUUAUUGUUAACUAUUGUAAACGGUAUGUAUGUAUGUAUGUAUGUAUGUAAACACAGUGUGGGGAAGAAACUCCCUCCGCAGCAGUUAAUUUUGUAAAGCUAUACCUGUACACACACCAGGGGACGAGGUUUUUAGCUUGUCCAUUUACCAAAGAAGCAUAAUUCUGUAGCGAAGGGGAAGCGGGGAGUUUAUACUGCAAGCUAUACAAACUAUCUGAUAGAUACCACUACCACAUACUACUUAGAGCCUAAUGAGCCAUCGUACUACUAAGAUUAUCUUGUAAGGGAUUGAGAGAGAGAGAGAGUGCGAUCAGUCACAAAGGGUCUGUCUUGAUGUAAAAUAGAAGAGCUGGAAGGGAAGGAAAGAAGAGAGCCUAGAGGCUUAGUGUGAAGUUAGACUACAACAACAAAAAAACUGUGGUGAUAAUUGCAGGUUUCUUUUAGGCCGUAAGAUAGAGAUCAGGUCUUUUGGAAGGUCUCUUUAAGUCGGUUUAGUAGUUUGUUAGACCAAAAAAAUGGGAGGCCAUGGGGACCACCACACCAGAGCACGGUGGUGGCGUGGGAAGCAUUUUUACUGUAUGCGUGUGUGUGUGUAUUUUCACACAGUUUAGGCAUUUCUUUCGGUACCACGACGGAUGAUGUUCGAGUUGCACCGGGAGUUACAGAUCGAGCACUAGAGGCGGAAUACUUUGCGCUUAUCGAGUUGCAGAGGUACCAAGGGAAGGGAAGGGAUUGUAGGAGGAUUGAAGGAGAAAUAAAUGAAACAAUGACAAACGUGGGGUUGAAAGCGGAACCAUUGCCAA